AUGGGUGAAUAUCAUAUUUUUACGUGGUUACGCUUCCGUCCUUUGCCAAAAUCCUUUUGAUACAACGAAGCCUCAACCCUAACUAUGAUUUUUAGACAACGGCCAGCCCUCUCUGCCUAUGGCCUGGAACAAAUGUAUUUUCUACGAACAGCCAAAGUCUGCAUUCGAUUGGGGACACUGCACGAUUAUCAAAAGAAAGCGGCAGAAGGUGAGAAAAGUUCUUUUAAUGGACAUUGACUGGGCUCUGGGUUUAACAACGGCUUUAGUCAGAAUAAUAUAAACGGCCGAGUUACCAGUGUAUUAAGUACAAAAUAGACGGUGGAUGAAUAGAAAAAAGAUUAUAUUCAGCAUUAUCUUUCCUAAUUUUUUUAAUCUUUGCUCACUCCUCUCUCCACACUUACUACUGUUAUUAGCUAAAAUACGCGUUUAAUAACUAAAUGUUCUGCAUUUUUUAAAGAAACCCUCCUUUCUCCAGUUACGAAGCAGGAACUUCGCACCUUCGUUGCCUAGACGCUUUGACGGGAUCUGUAUCACAGAUGGUAUCCUGAAACUUUUCAGCUUUUAAUGAUGGGUUUACCUUGCCGUAUACUGAAACAUCAAAAGUGUAACAUAAUCCCAAGCAGAAUUUACGGAUCUUCAAUGCUCGUUUGCGUACAAGAUGCAAUGCGGUGGCCUUAUUUCUGCCUAAGGGAUGCGGUCUUUUACCCAUCCUUAAGGUGCCUGAGUUUAUUAGGUAAACUUGAACAAACAGGUCAGUUGUCUCGGCAGGGCGCACAAAUGAUCGUGCGAUACACAUGCCUUUUUGAAGAUCCAUACAAGUAAACGUCCGAACUGAAGUUGAUUCGCGGCGGCAUCAUGAAAUUACUCUGACAUAGACAUUAAUCGUAAAUAAAUUGACAUAUGAAAUUAAUUUAAAGGGUGUUCUGAUGUUUAUGACAAAUUAGUACUCAUAAUAGCGGUUCAGUACGGAUAAGCCACAUCAAUUCCCCCCCUCAAAGACUCGUAGGUACUCUAAACAAAUGCAUUUGCUUCUACUUUGUUUUUAUUUUCUUAGGGAGCAAUGUGUUUGAAAUCGCAUCGGAAAUUGACUAUAUAUAUAGUGUUCACGAAGAGAAGACAGGGCUUGCACUGAUUUGAGCUCCCUGGAAUUUUCAGAUUACUUUUUAGUGCAAGUAGUGCCUUUUACCACACAUCUCCGACCUUAACUUAUGCCGUAAAAUCCAGCAUUUUCGUUUAAUACAUCCCUUUAUAUUUUAACUCAUAUAGAUUCCGUUCCAUGCUUUUGUGACACAGAACCGCCCGGAAACUUGCAGUGAAAUUAAAUACUCUCUUUUUUAUCCUUUGUGGUGCGGUGGCCACGAGCGAAGGUUAUUUAGAAAUGAUUAUCAUGUAGAUACUCAGGUUGUCAGGACAACAAAAAAGGAUUUAGAGAAUUCAUGAUUCAUGACGUGCAAAAUAAAAUCCGUACUAGAGAAAUAUGAAAGGAACCAAUGACAGGGGAUGGGGGAUUGAGGGGCUCUGGGCAUGCUAAAAAAGGAGAUGAUUGGUGGUCUAAUUCUGAGGUCAGAAGCAGGGUGUCAGGGGAAAAUGGUUGUCUGCGAGCUGAAAUGCCUGCGGGCUUGUUUGAGUGGACGUAGAUAAUGGAUUUAAAACCAUUCGUGAGCUUAUGACCAAGUUAGUCAAUUGCAUGGCCACCGCUUCCACUAUCGCCAAAAGUCUCUGGUUGCGGGAUUUGGGCGUUUCAUCAGAACCACGCAGUAAAUCAAAAGUUUUACUUGACGUCUGCUCGGUGGGUCACCUUAACCAAACGAGUUAAUAUUUAUUUGGAGAUGAACUUCAUCUAACUCCGGGGACCCCCUAGUUAGAUCAUGAUUUCUAGACACCCAUAGGCUGUCGUGCUCUGCCUGUAAAUGAAUGUUUGUGCCGUUUCACUGCUAGGAUAGGAUUGCCGACAAGGACUAGAAUAGCCAUUUCUGGCUUGCUGGCCCUCAUCAGUCAGCCAUAUCCGACAUUGAGACCUUGUGACCUGGCGCCUGAUGGUCGCCUCCGGCCUGUGUGCAAGCCCAACUCCAUGUAGAGUGUGACGGCGACUGCAUUCCCUGCGUUUCCACUACUCCUACUUAUAGUACACACAUGGUUCCACGGCGGUUAUUUACUAUAAAUACUGCAUUCUCUGUCUCUCCACUACCCUUAUAUGCAACUGUCUCUGAUGAUGGGCUCGAGUGAGAAUAUGGAACAUCAAAUUAAUACAGCAUUUGUUCUAGUGAUCGCGCCUUCUUCUGAAUUGUUUCCCGGAAUUCGCUUGUUCACUUCUAUCAGUAAUGUUAAGUCUGCUUAGUUAAGGGUGUUUUGAUGGCAUUUAAGAUACACAACAAAACGACCCCACAAAAAAUGAUAUACGUGUGGCUAGGACGACAAAAACAGUUUCUACACCAUUUUAAUUUACGUAAGAUCAGAUGAUGAGUCUAGCCAAUAGAACUUGGGGAAGGGUCGAGCUUUACUCCAAGCACGGGUCUUUGAGGUACCCAGGGCGGGGCAUGCCUCCCAUGGUUCGGCCGUCGAUUUAUACAAUGUCCACCCUGUGCUCCACAGCAGUGUGAGCGGAGAUGGCAGCCUGCGCGUAAAUUGAUUUAAAGUGAUAUCAGACUUGCGCUGAAUCCACCGCAUUUUCUCCUCUCUCCCGACCUGGGUCCGGUUACAAGGCAGAGUAAAAAGACAGCAUUUGGCUAUCGAGGCAGGAGCCGUCCCUAGGCAUGCCGCCGCGCCCGGCUCGGAUCCCACCUAUGAGAAGUGCCAUAGAGGCCACAUUAAGAAGGAAGCAUAGCCAAGUGACACUCAAUUAGCCAGUUUUCCACUCCACACAAAUACUCACCGGGUUGACUGCGAGGCUCUAGUUAUCUCGUUGGUUGGCAAGCUCUCGCUCCACGGUUUUUAGCGAACCGUGAUAGUCUUCAGCGCGUCCGAUUGUUUAUGAUGAGGAAUUAUGCGCUGCCAUUCGACUUCACUCUACCCUGUCUUGUGAACCAGUCGGAUGUCGAUCCUACCAAUCGACGGAUGCUAAGGUUGGAAGAGGCGAUAGGCAGAGCUGAGGACAGUUUGUCUGCGCGUGUAACACACGAUCUCCCCCACAAAGACAAAAGAACUUCGUACACGAGUGGGGAAAACAAUUGGAUCUCACAUGCAGACAAGCAUCCGCACGGAAAAGAAGCACAAAGUGCACACCUCCCAUUUGCGUGAGAAAUGCUGGCGGUGUAGGAUGUUUGGGGGUGCUCGCGUGCGAGGCAUGUACCAAUGGCGUAAUUUUGAAGAAGGAGACACGAUAGCUGGGACAAGAGCUUUAUUAGCCUGACGUUUCGGGUUCCUGCUCCAACCCAUCAUCAGAGACAACAACAGACAGCAGCAGACUUGUGUCUGCUGUCGUCUCUGAUGAUGGGUUGGAGCAGGAACCCGAAACGUCAGGCUAAUAAAACUCUUGUCUCAGCGAUCGUGUCUCCCUCUCCAAGACUACUUUCUGGGACUCGUCUCUUCGCUUCUAUUGGUAAUGGCGUAAUGGUCACGUUUGCGGCGAUUAGGCGCAGGUUCUCAUGUGACCGAAUAGGCCCAUGUGGUGGCCGAAUUUGCGAAGGCAAUGCGGACAACUGAGGCGAUGGAGUCUGGCAUAUGUUGGUGUUCCAGCAGCUGGUUCGCUAGUCACUGUGCGAUGUAUUCGUAAAUGACCGACCAGACCCAUGCGUGAGAUUAACGUGUGGUGGGAAUGUAGGCCGGUUGUCGUUGUGGUGGGCGCGCUGGCUGAUGGGGAGUUGAUCAGGUUAAUGAAGGGAGAAUUUGUGGAUAUGCAAGUUGCGUUAAGUUUGUUAACACUGCGAUGAAGCACGUUGUUGUGGAUACGAAUGUGACCGAAUAAGCCCAUGCGGUGUACGAAUGUGCGUGGGCAGUGUAAGCAAUGAAGUCCGAUGCGGCGAGUUUAUGUGUGGCUUCUAGCACUGGCGCGCCGGUCGCGAUGCGACUGGUUCGCAAGUGGCCGAUCAGGCCGAUGCGUGGAGUGCACGGAAUGUUCGUUGACAGCGCAGGCAAGGUGAGAGGGGUUGAGAGAGGUUGGCGUUACGGGUUAGUAGCGCCUGACACCUGCGAAAUUCCGUUUGGCCUUGAUAACGAUGAUACUUUGGGUUCAUAAAUAGGUGCGCCAGUUUUCACUGCUCUUUUCAACGCUGGCUGGCUUUGUAGAAGGUCUUCCCCGGUCUUCGGGUUAAUUUGUAAUCGCUUCAAGGAAUUGUUUAAGGUGGCUUAGAAGCAGUCGAUUUGAUCUCCUUGUCGGAGAGAAGCCGCGAAAUCAUUUCCAGCGAAGAGUUGCUUUUGGCAUACCCCCGUAUUCUAUUAUUACGAGUUUACCACGCCAUCGUAGUCGUGGUUGCCUUAGCGUGGCGUGGAUGCUGGGGAUUCCACGCCGUUGUAAACUUUUUGUAUUCGGGAUUCUGACCUACCACCCCAGAUUCAUUUAUUAUACAUCGGAGUUUAUCGAAGUGGGGGUGACGGAGUUUCCGCGCCUGUUUGCAUUUAACCAUAUAGGCCUCCGCAACGCACAGCUACACCAUCAAGAGAGUGGCCUUGCAUGUCUUCAGUUUGCUGUUGAAGUGGAGACCGUGGCGACUCCAUACGGAUUUUUGCAGCCUGCUUAAGGCCACUGCUGAUUUUGGAAAUCUGGUGUGACACUUCAUCGAUGAUUUUCAUGUAUCGUGAAGGCCUGCUGCCUAAGUAGGCAAGGUUGUCUAUGGUUUUAAGUUAUAUGCCGCUGAGGUGAAUUCGUGGAGCACUAUAUGCAGCAUUGGGUGGCGGUUGGUGCAUGACUACCAUGCUCCGUCGCAUGACUGUUUCUGUCACUGUGCUGGGCUCGCAGAAGUCUGCGAAAGGCAGAUCAUAGAUAGUAGUCGUAGAGAUACGCGAGAGGCCUUUAUGCGCCGGCCGCUGACAAGACAGCCGUCGGCUCUGUAGGCGAUGCGGAUCCCCUGGCACUCAUCAGGUUAGGGGUCCAUCAGCAUGGCGGAGAACAUGAGGCUGAAAAGAAUAGGGGCGAGUAGGCAGCCCUGUUUCACUCCACUGGUUACUGCAUAUAUCCUGAGACGGUUCCAUUGCCCGUGACCCCUUCCAUCUUCCAGUCAUGGAGCCGACGCCCUAAAAACGUCGUCACUGCCGCAAUUUUUGCUAAUCCCGCGACGUCUACGACUACAACAACGACGACCACCACCACCACCACGGGGAUGUACAUGCUGUCUUUUCUCACCAACAUCACCAACAGCGUUAAAACUACUGCGAUGACGACUACUAUCCCCCACUUCAAUGAGGAAGCUCUCGGCGACUGA